AGUAACUCCCUUUCUGCCCUUUCUCUUACUGCUCACACUCUAAAUCACCUCAACACCUACCCCCAUACUGAUUCAUCGCAAGGAUGAGCAGGGAAUCGAUGAGCGGCGAUGUUGCGUUGGAAGCCAAGCAGGUGCCGGCCGGAGAGCCGUUCAUAGCGUUUCCUGCUGGUGAGAUGGGUCCGAUCGAUGAGAUUGGCGACAGCGCGAAUGUAACGGAGACCGCGAAGGAGCCAACGAGUUUUUUCUGCUGGCAGAAUUUCCUUGUUGUGCUUCCGAGUCUUCUGACUGCAACGCUGUUCGGAUACAACAUCGGGUACGUCGGACCGUACACGAGGAUAUAUUCCUACGCGACGAACUGCCAGCUGUACGGCGCGCAGACCUCGUGCGAGACGCUGUCCGGUGCGAAGUGCAAGUGGAUGGACGCCACGACGGUGAACGCGACGUCGACGCUGGGGAUGGUGUGCGGGUGGGAGGCGCCGCGCACGACGUGCUUCCUGAGCUACGAUGACGAGGGCAGCUGCGGUGCGGACCACGACUGCGUGUGGAGCUACUCCGCGAGCACGUGCGGGAACAAGGUGGGCUACACGUCGAUCCAGAGCGGCCUAUUUGCGGGUUCUAUGAUGAUGGGUGGUAUUUGUGGAGCACUGCUCGGAGGGUACCUGACGAAAUGGCUGGACUACCGCAAGAGCUUCCUGCUGAUCGGUGUCAUCGCUUCGGUCGGCUCUAUCCUGACGCACGUGGCGACCGGCAUCUCUCAAUACUGGCUGAUGUUUGUUUCCCGCAUCAUUUUUGGAUUCCCGAUGGGAUGGACCACUGUCACGGGGCCGCAUUAUACCGACAAGUUCGCUGUGCGCCGCUAUCAGAAGACGCUGGGCACCCUCUUCCAGGUGUCUACUACGGUCGGUUCGUUGAUUGCUGCUGUCCUUGGCAUCUGUCUUGGCAACACGAUCGCGUACGACGCGGAGCGUGACGCGAAGGUGAUGGGCCGCUUGCAGGGACUCACGGCGCUUUCUACGUUGAUGUGCAUCCUGACGCUGUUCAUGCCGCUGGUGACGAAGGACGGGUACUCGGUGUCGAAUGCGAAGUACACCGCCCCGGAAGAUGAUGCGACCGCUGCUAAACCGGCGGCGAAGAAGUACCCCAUUUCGAAGAUGGUGGGUCCGCUGCUGAUUGGCGUGGCGAUGGGAUGUACGCUUCAUCUGACCGGCAUCGGAGCGAACAUGAACUUUGCACCAAUGAUCAUGUCGAACCUUGGCCUGGAUCCUCUCGUGGGCAACAUCAUCGUGAUGGUGUGGAACUGCGUGACUGCUUUCGGCGCGAUCCCGCUGUCGAAGAAGUUCACGAUGCGGACGCUGUUCCUGUCCUGUGCAGCUAUGGGCUCGCUGUGCUGCCUGUUCCUGAGCGGCAUCCCUGUGUACCCCGGCGUGACGAAGUCGACGCUUGCGAAGGAGGUGAUUGGGAUCAUCGGCAUUGCGCUCUUUAUCCUUGCGUACGAUUGUGGCAUUGCUCCGUGCUUCUUCGUGCUGACAGUGGACGUGUUCCCAGAGUCGUUCCGCCCGAUCGGUUCGUCGUUCACGAUGGGCGUAAUGUUCAGUUUGAAUCUUGUGAUCAACAUCUGCUACCCGAUCGCGACGGAGGGCAUCUCCGGCGGCCCGUCUGGCAACCAGGACAAGGGCCAGGCUGUGGCGUUCAUAUUCUUCGGCUGCAUCGGCAUUGUGACGGUGGUGAUCGAGUACUUCUUUCUGCACCCGUGGGAGGAUCCGGUUGAUUCCGUUCCCUCCGAGGAGUAA